AUGUCUAGCUCAGCGGGCACCAAGCGGGAUGCUGGCCAUCUCAAAUCCCCAGCGACAGACAGCAAGAAAACCAAGACCAAUGGCAGCAUCACUUCGUUCUUCGGUGCCCCCAAGGCCAAACCCGCCAACGCCGACGCCAACGCCAGACCCGCCAGUGUUGUGCCCUCCAACUUCAAUAAGCAGAAAUGGGUGGAUUCGUUGACGCCGGAGCAGAGAGUUCUGCUUCAACUCGAGAUCGACACUAUGGAUGAGAGCUGGUUGGCACGGCUUAAGGAGGAAGUGGUAACUCCGGAGUUUCUGGAGCUGAAGCGGUUCCUUAAGAAAGAGAAAGACUCGGGCGCGAAAAUAUUUCCUCCAGAGAAUGAGGUUUAUUCUUGGACGCAACAUACACCCUUGAACAAGGUCAAGGUCGUCGUUGUCGGACAAGACCCAUACCACAACCACAACCAGGCCCACGGUCUAGCCUUCUCCGUCCGUCCUCCAACCAUUGCUCCUCCAUCGCUCAUCAACAUCUACAAAGAAAUCAAGAACGACUAUCCAUCAUUCCAGGCACCACCAAACAAAGGCGGACUGUUGAUACCAUGGGCCGACCGCGGCGUCCUGAUGCUCAAUGCCUGCCUGACGGUGCGCGCUCAUCAGGCUAACAGUCAUUCGAAUAAGGGAUGGGAACGGUUUACUCAGAAGGUGAUUGAUCUCAUCGCGCGGGUGCGCACCCGUGGUGUGGUUUUUCUGGCCUGGGGAGCGCCUGCAGGGAAGCGUGUUGCGGGCAUUGACAGAAAGAGACACUAUGUGCUGCAAUCUGUGCAUCCGAGUCCGCUUAGUGCAUCGCGCGGCUUUUUCAACAACGGUCAUUUCAGAAAGUGCAAUGACUGGCUUGCAGAGCGCUAUGGGGCAGAUGAAAUUAUCGAUUGGAAUUUGGUUCCGAAGACCAGCACAAGUACCGUUACUACUACCCAGAGCACCAUUGUUUCAAAAGAGGAAUCAACGGUCCCCGCCGAAAAGCCAACAGAGUCCAAACCCGUCGCGGAAAGCGGAAAACCUGCAAAGCCAGCAGACGAAGAAGAUGAAUUUGACGAAGAUUUUGACGCUCUUGAAGCUCUGGUCGCAGAAGAGCGAAAGCAAGAGUAG